AUGUACUUCAACUGGAUUCAAAAAGAUAGAUUUUCACUUUAAUUGUGGUUGGAUAUUUUAAAAAAGUUCGGUGAAAUCUUAACUAAUCUAAAAUAAAAUAAAAGUCCUCUUUAAGAAAAUGUUAAUUUGUCUUUCCAAUGUGUUUGCCAAAACUAACACUUUUAGGAUAUUCUAAAAUGUAAAUUUCAUAAAUAAUUCAAGCAUAAAAUAAUGAUGUUUUGGAAAAGACAAAACAAUUUGGAAAAAUGCACAAUUUAGAAUUAUUAACUUGA